UUAAGGUUUUGCUGAGAGGGGAUAUGGUGAAGUUGACAAUUGUUGGAAGGCUUAGGGAUGGGCUGCCACUUGCACAGGGCAUUGGGUAUUUUAAUGAAGAGAAUGAUGAUGUUUUAGGCUACAAACAGCAAGCUGAAUUCAUACUCAAACACAUCUCUAGAGGGGCCUUCUCACCUUCAAAAAUGGCCAUUCUGAUUCAUCAUCAAUGUUUCAUUUACUUGGUGGAGAAUGGUGUCUGCUGCAUCACAUUGUGUGAUUCUUCAUACCCAAGAAAGCUGGCUCUCCAUUACUUGCAAGAUUUGCAAAAGGAGCUUGCCAAGUUUGAUGAUGCCCUAAUAAGUCUUACCAAACCCAAUAGUUUUGCCAAAUUUGAUAGAAUAAUUAGCAAUAUUAGAAAACGGUACAUUGAUACAAGGACACAAGCCAAUCUACAUAAGCUCAAUGCAAAUCGGCUAAGGUGUCCAGACAUUGUCACAUGUUCACUUUUUGAAAUUUUAGAAAGGAAAAAACUAGCCAAACAAAGGAUAAGCCUUAAUGUUGGAUGUUGUUGUCAGGCAACUGCCGUAAAAUGGGUGCCAAUGGUUGUAACUUUUGGUGUGGUGCUUUUGAUUCUUUGGGCUUCCUUUGUUCUCUUUCACAUCUCAUUAUCUCAUCAUAAUGAAUUUGUAAUUCUAUAUAACAACAGAAAACUGAUUCACUCGUUUUAA